UGAACACGACUCGUAGGUAUAUGGACUUAUCGGUUGAUAAGUUGACCGAAUUUUAAAAACAUGUGUAAAAAAAUUAUGUGGACGCCACACCAGUAUUUUAUACUUACGUCUCACAAGUGUGUAACAUCGAAAAUUUACAUUUCAAAGUUCAAGUGAGCUUUGAUAGGUAUAGUUCUUAUGUUAUAAUAGUGAAUCAAACUAUUGUAAAAUAUAAAUUUGAAAAUACAUCACUGCCGUAGCGACCUGUCCGCUUUUCACCAACAACCAACGACGCUACACUGUCGACUCUCCCAGCACGCCGCAAAGGCGUAAGAUUAUUAUAUUGGUUCUACCAAUACGCUCAGAAGAAGAAAAAGUAGUGUAGUUAUCGCACGUUUGUUCUUAUUGCUUUUAACUUCUAAUCACCAAAUUGAUGUCCGUACAAUAAAAAGCAAAAUAUAAUGCUUGUGACUUUUCGCCUUGCUCGAGUAGGACUGGCGUUACUGACUGCCGUCGUUUCAUUCCUGGUGGUAUAUUACCUCCAGGAAUCCUCGGAGCACAACUCUGCUACCAGAAUCUUCGACCAACAAUUCUGGUUUCCAUCGUCAAACAUGCUGAGAGCGGUCUCGUUCAACGAGGUCGGAAACGCGUCCUACGUCGAACCACCUACACAAUUUCAAUCAAAACGUUGCCUGUACUUAGUAGUACUGAUAAUACUGACCGCCAUAGUUUCGUUCCUAGUCUUAUAUCCAGAAUCACACGCCACCGACCACAAAAUCGAUGAUCCAGAAUUCCGGGUACCACUACAGUCGAGUAUGCCAGCGGGCUUGUACAAUGAAGUUGGAAUUGUCUCUAACGGUGGGCCGUGCUCACAAAUCGGAGUGGAUGUUAUGUCAAAGGGUGGAAAUGCCGUAGAUGCCGCUAUAGCUACUAUGCUAUGUGACGGUGUUCUAUGUCCACAAUACUUGGGAAUUGGUGGAGGAUUUUUAAUGAGCAUCUACAAUGCAACAACCAAAAAAGUAAUCACGAUCAACGCACGUGAAACAGCUCCAGCUGCAGCAAGUACUUCAAUGUUUGUUGAAAAACCCGACAAAUCUAUUUACGGAGGAUUGGCAGUUGCGGUUCCAGGUGCGCUAAAAGGCUACUCGGCUAUUUAUAACUUAUACGGUGGUGGUGUUCCAUGGGAAUCGUUAUUCGAGCCAGCUAUACAGUUAUGUGAAAAUGGCAUGGAUAUCAGUAAACGACUAGAGACAAACAUGAAGAAUAACCAAGACAUGAUUGAAAAUGACCCAUCGUUAAGAGAAUCAUUUUACGAUGAAGAAUUCGGUCGAGUGAAGACUGCUGGAGAAAUUUACAAGUUACCUAAAUUAGCAGAAACACUGAGAAUAAUAGCGAAAGAAGGUGUGGAUGCCAUUUAUAACGGUUCGUUAACGUCUAAAGUAUUAAAAGAUUUAAAAAAAGUGAAAAGUCUAAUCACCAAAGAAGAUUUAGCCAAUUAUGAUGUUGAAAUCGAAGAAUCUUUACCCGUUAAGUUGAAAAGUGGACAUACAAUACACACGGGACCACCACCUAGUUCUGGUAUAAUAUUAGCCUACAUACUCCGUGUGUUGGACGGCAUGUUACCAGCCCCCAAUGCAGGAUUGGACGCUCAUAGAUUGGUGGAGGCUUUCAAAUUUGGUUACGGUGAGAGAACCCAUUUAGGAGAUCAUACAUUUGUAGACGUGUCGCAGAUUUAUGAUAAAGUAAAGUCGGAUUGUUACAUGGAUAGUAUACGUGGUAAAAUAUCCGAUACUUUUACUUCAUCAGAUCCAAAGUACUACGGAGCUGACUUUCAUAUGCCAGAGAAUCACGGGACUGCUAACAUAGUCGUAACGGAUUCAGCGGGAAAUACUGUCGUGUGCACUAGUACAUUAAACACAUCUUUUGGAUGUGGAUUCAUGUCCCCCAGCACUGGUAUCAUUUUUAAUAACCAAAUGAAUGAUUUUUCUUCUCCAGAAGUUAUAAACAACUAUGGAAUUCCGUCUUCACCUGCUAAUUUUAUAGAACCAGGAAAACGACCAAUGUCUUCAAUGUGCCCAACUAUAAUUACCGACGAAAAUGGUGAUCUUGUUCUUGCAAUAGGAGGAGCAGGUGGAUCAAAAAUCACUCUUACAAUUGCCUAUGUCUUAGCCCUUAAACUAUGGUACGGUAUGUCAUUGAAAGAAGCGAUCGACAAACCUAGAAUUUAUCAUCAACUUGUUCCCAUGAAAGUUCUUUAUGAAGACGGAACGACGAAGGACGUUGUUCAAAAACUUAAAGAUAUUGGUCAUCCAGUGAUGAGAAUAAAUAAUGUUGUUUCAGCAGCAACAGCUAUUGAAAAAUCUGCAUCAGGAAUGAUCGUAGCUAUGCCAGAUUUCCGGCGACCAGGAAAUUCUUGGGGAUAUUAAUACGAAAAAGUCUUACUAAAUUAAUUUAUCUUUUUUUACAGAUAUUAUUAUAUAUUUUGUAAGUUUAUUUUACAGUUAUUUAAAAUCUAUUGAUAUAGCACAGUACCAUAAUGAUUGAUUUUGUUUUUGUAUAUAAAUAUUUUAUAAUAUAAUAUCUUAGGUUAUUAUAAUAUAUGGAUUGUAUUAUGAAUUAUAACUUGUAAGAUUGUUCGCAAGUCCUGCUAAUUGUUUUUAGUAAACUAUAUAUUAAAUACUUUGUGUAACCAUGAAAAAAAUUUAAAAUA